AUGGCAAGAAAAUUCAGGGAUUGGGUUGAGGUACUGUCCAACAUGGGUUCUACUCCUACUCCUGAAGCAGACUAUGCUGCAUUUCAAAAGAAGGUGAAACGUACAAUUCUCAUCGACAAUCUUUCACCACAAGUGACUGCAUCUGUCCUGAGAACAGCUUUUGGUCAGUUUGGGACUGUGAAGAAUGUACAGUUUAUUCCAAACUAUACAGGACUCGAAAAUAUCCCAUGUUGUGCCUUGGUGGAAAUGGAGAGUCCUAGGCAAGCUGAAGCCAUUGUUUCAGAGAUCACUCAGUUCCCCUUCAUGAUCUCUGGGACGCCUAGGCCUGUUAGAGCAUUUGCUGCUGAAGAGGAGAUGUUUGAUGAUCGCCCAAUCAAGCGUGGUAGAAGGAUACAGUGCCGUUGGUUGGACCCAAAAGACCCUGAUUUUGAAUGUACAAAUAAAAUGAAGCGUCUUGUCAGAAAGCAUGCUGCUGAAGAAUUAUUUUUGCUGAAGCACCUGUUGGGCGAAGAAGAGAAGCUUGCAAAGCAGCAAGCAGAAGAACUUAAAGCAAAUUAUAAGAAGUACGACAUGAUAGAUAAUGUCAUUUCUGAUGGAACUGCUCAGGGUUUGGCUCGUUGUUACCACAUGAGGAAUUUAGAUGAUUGA